UGUGGACAAACACUACCCGGGAGUCUUUUAAUGCGACACAGCGGGAUUAAUGGCUGCAGUCAAUGUACAGAUCUCCUCUCAUUGUUUACAUUUCGAAACGCUCCUCCAUCGCCCGCUGCUCCAGAGAUGGCAAGUUAGUCUUCAUCUUUCGUUUGUCUUUCCUCCUCUUGGAUCUCAAGGACAACCAAAUGAUUAGUGAGGUCUAGCCCCAGGUGAGCCUAAAGGCCAGACAGCAUCUCCAUUUAAGGAAUAUCGCAGGGUGCACGAUGUUUACUGCGUCUCAGAGCUCCAAGUCCGAGUUCCUGGACAAAGCCAGACAGGCCAGGGAGGAAAGGAAAGGACAGAAAGACAAGGAGAGAGCAGCAACGCACAUCCAAGCCCUGGUCAGGAGCUUUCUCUGUCGAUGCAGACUCAAGAAGCAAAUAAGGAAGGAGACUGAUGACUAUUUUCUAGCUUCUGAAACUGGGAAGUCAAAAAGAAAUGCACUGUCAAUUUUUAAAAUUGCUCGGAAAUUGCUAUUCAUAUAUCAGCAAGAGGAUAAGCUGAGGUUUGAGAAGCUCUGUCGUGCUAUCCUUGCCAGCAUGGAGGUUGAAAAUGAACCUAAAGUCUGGUAUGUUUCCUUGGCUCUUUCCAAAGACCUUACUAUUCCCUGGCUCAAACAGAUAAAAGAUAUUCUGUGGACUUGCUGUCAGCGACUGAAGAAUUUAAAGCCAGACAUACUUCAGGACAAUAAACUGAUAACGCUCUAUCUCACCAUGCUGUUGACCUUCACAGACACUUCAACUUGGCGGAUAGUCAGGGGGAAGGGGGAAGCUCUCAGACCUGCUUCGAUGAGAUUUUGUGAAAAUAUCAUGGGCCAUCUCAAUCAAAAGGGAUUCUAUUCUGUUCUGCAGAUCUUGCUGACCAAUGGCUUGGCUCGCUCUAAACCGUCUCUCUCCAAAGGCACUCUGACAGCCAUUUUCACUUUGUCACUAAGGCCAGUCGUUGCCGCUCACUUCUCUGAUAACCUGCUAAGAUCAUUCCUCAUUCACAUCAUGUCUGUUCCAGCCGUUGUAUCCCAUCUCAGUGUCCUUACUCCAGAGAGUAUGACGUCCAUCCAGACGCAUGACCUGCUGCGGAAGUUCAUUCUUUUUCUCAGUCGGGAAGAACAGUGUAUGGACAUCUGUGUGUGUCUCGAGGGGAGCCACACUCUCUGUUUACUUGGCAACCUAAUCCACUUGGGUUGCCUCAAUGAGAGGGUCCUUGAGGAGGAGGCAAACCAUUUUGUGAAGGACCUGACUGACAUGCUGUCCUACUGCCAGAGAUAUGUAUCCCAAAAGAAGUCCAACCUUACCCACUGGCACUCUGUCCUGGGCUGGUUCUCCCAAACUGUAGACUACGGCCUGAAUGAGUCAAUGCCACUGGUCACUAAACAGCUUCAGUACCUGUGGGGCGUUUCUGUCAUUCGGACGCUCUUUAGCGACGUCCUCUCUAAAAAGCUGGAGAGUCAGGAGCCUACUCCCCCACCCCCACAGCCCAGCACAUCACAAAACAAUCUACCAGUUAAAAACCUCUUUAAGCGGGCAUUUCAGAAGUCAGCUUCUGUGCGUAACAUCCUGAAACCAGUCGGGGGGAAGCGAGUCGACUCAGCUGAGGUUCAGAAGGUUUGCAGUAUCUGUGUGCUUUAUCAGACUGCUCUGUCUACACUGACACAAAUACGACUCCAGAUUCUCACUGGUCUGACACAUCUUGAUGACCUUUUGCCCAAACUUUGGGCCUUCAUCUGUGAGCUCGGUCCUCAGGGAGGCCUCAAACUGUUCAUGGAGUGUCUGAACAAUGACACAGAAGAGUCCAAGCAGCUACUGGCGAUGCUCAUGCUCUUCUGCGACUGCUCACGGCACCUCAUCACAAUUCUGGAUGACAUUGAAGUCUAUGAAGAACAAACAUCUUUCAAGAUAGAAGAACUCCUCACUAUCUCCUCAUUUCUGAACACCUUUGUGUACAAGAUGAUAUGGGAUGGAAUCUUGGAAAAUGCUAAGGGAGAGAAACUGGAGUUGUUCCACAGUGUUCACGGCUGGUUGAUGGUGCUUUAUGAACGUGACUGCAGGCGUCGAUUCACCCCUGAUGACCACUGGCUGCGCAAGGACCUGAAGCCCAGCCUGUUGUUCCAAGAGCUGGAAAAAGGCAAGAAAAGAGCCCAGCUGUUACUGCAGUAUAUCCCACAUGUCAUUCCGCAUAAAAAUAGGGUGCUGCUUUUCAGAAACAUCGUCACAAAGGAAAAAGAAAACUUGGGUUUGAUAGAGACAAGCUCUGCUUCACCACAUGUCACCCACAUUACCAUCCGUCGCUCACGGAUGUUAGAGGAUGGAUAUGACCAGCUUCGCCGAUUACCAGCAAAUUCUAUAAAAGGCGUCAUUCGUGUGAAAUUUGUCAAUGAUCUGGGAGUAGACGAGGCCGGUAUUGAUCAGGAUGGUGUGUUCAAAGAGUUUCUAGAGGAGAUAAUUAAGAAGGUGUUCAAUCCUGCCCUCAAUUUGUUCAAGACUACAAGUGGAAAUGAAAGGCUGUAUCCUUCACCUACAUCAUACAUCCAUGAGAAUCAUUUGCAGCUGUUUGAGUUCGUGGGGAAGAUGCUCGGGAAAGCUGUAUAUGAGGGCAUUGUUGUGGAUGUCCCUUUUGCCUCCUUCUUCCUCAGUCAAGUCUUGGGUCACCACCACAGCACUUUCUACAGCUCCAUCGACGAGCUGCCCUCCCUGGACUCAGAGUUUUACAAGAACCUCACUUCCAUCAAGCGCUAUGAUGGAGAUGUAGGGGAUCUCGGACUGACGUUAUCCUAUGAUGAGGAUGUUAUGGGACAGCUUGUGUGUCAUGAGUUGAUACCUGGGGGGAAAACCAUGCCAGUCACAAAUGAAAACAAGAUCAGCUACAUCCACCUCAUGGCUCAUUUCCGGAUGCACACGCAGAUUAAGGAGCAAACGGCUGCUUUCAUUCGGGGCUUCCGCAGCAUCAUUAAUCCGGAGUGGCUGCACAUGUUUUCCACGCCUGAAGUUCAGCGUCUUGUCUCAGGAGACAAUGCUGAGAUUGAUCUGGAUGACCUCAAAAAACACACUGUCUACUAUGGAGGUUUUCACAGCAGCCAUCGUGUCAUCAUCUGGCUGUGGGACAUCCUGUCCAGUGACUUCAGUGCUGAAGAGAGGGCUAUGUUUCUUAAAUUUGUUACCAGCUGCUCAAGGCCACCUCUUCUAGGUUUUGCCUACCUCAAACCACCUUUCUCCAUCCGCUGUGUGGAAGUUUCAGAUGAUCAGGACACUGGAGACACCCUGGGCAGUGUUCUUAGGGGCUUUUUCACUAUCCGAAAGAAGGAGCCUGGUGGUCGACUUCCCACUUCAUCAACGUGCUUCAACCUGCUCAAGCUGCCCAACUACAGCAAGAAGAGCAUCUUGCGUGACAAACUGCGCUACGCUAUCAGUAUGAACACAGGCUUCGAGCUCUCAUAACUCUGCUGCAUCAGAACAAUCUUCACAGGAGUGUUGUAUUAAGGAGCCUGAAUGAAACACGAGGCUUGGACCGGUCACAACAAAAGGGCAUCACCUAAACUAAAUGGGGAUCAUGAAGGACCUACAGACUCUCCUUUUAUCUCUUUUUUUUUUAAACUGGAUGAGCUCUGGUCGACUUCAGCCCACUCCCUCACAUCAAAGAGGAUGCUGUUUCUUGCAGCACAAUCUCAUUUUUAGUAUCUCCCUUUUUCCACCCUCAAAAUUCAAUGUUGUGUAUUUAACUUAAUGAAAUACGGAGUUACAGUGGCUAGAUCUCUGUUUCUCAGGCGUAGCAGAAUCUUCCUCGGCUCUAACACUCCCAUUCUAAGCGAACCGGAAAGCAAUACAGAUGCAAUGCAAGCCAUUAGACACUUGGUCGACUCACUCGAGUGAAACCAAGCGAUGCAUUGUUAAUAUACUUACAAGCUUGGACUCCAUUAUAUAAUCAACUUUUAGAUGAUACUGGAUGAGUCUUAAAGUGUUUUGCUGAACCUAAGGCAUCUUUUUUAAACGGAAGACAAAUCAGUGUCUUGUGUUCGACCUCCAUGAAGGAGGAUUGGUUCACAACAGUGUCCCUGUGUUUAUUACAUUGUAUCCCAUUUUGUGUAAAGUCAUUUUGACCUCAUUUGAUUUCUUUCCGCUAAAAGACACUGCAGUGACCUGAGAGAGGGAGAGAAGUCGGCCCUCUUGUUCUCACUACAUUCGGAAAUCUUAACAUCUGCCUCAGUUUUGGUGAAGCAGUAGAAUUUCUGGACAUGACAAAAAAUGGGAUGUUGUUGGCCCUUGCUGUAGCAUUUGACUUUUGAGUAGACAAAAACUGGAAAUGUUUUAUCACUUAUUUGUAUCUGCCCAGUGAAACAAACGCAGCUGUCCAUUCUCACACAUCUGUGUUUGACCUCCACACAAAAAUAUAGAAAAGUAAACUUAAUCAUUGAUGUUAGUCUUUGUACUUAAUACUAGAAAAAAUGAAUAUUUCUCACUACAUGUUUGAAUAAUGCUGAGUGCCUCAUAUAACCCCCCCCCCACCCCCCCCCCCUCGCUCACACAUCAGACAGUAACCAAUAACCACGUAUAUCGGAUACAAGCCAUAAAAACGGGGACUGUGUACCUGGACUUCUUGUCUGCUUCGACCCAUAAAAAAAGUGCAGCAACUCAACCACUUUUCAACCACUACACCAUCAACAACAACAACCGAGGAGGGAUUUCAUGCGAUGAACUCUCAUCUUUUUGAACUUUUAAAGCCAUUUAGAAAAGAAUUAGAGGUUGAAAAACCUCUCAACAUGAUGUCAUGGACUGGUUCACUAACCAAAUGUGACUGCUUGAUUUGAUGUUCCCUUGGAUGGAAAAGGCGCACACGUGUCUGCUCUUUGUGGCUGCUGGGGAAAAGGGACAUGAGGGUGAAUGUUACCUUAUAAGCCUAUAUAUUACUUUACACAGGGUUCAGUUGCAUUGUAAAACUAAUGAAGAUACGAUUUAGUCAUGAACCAGAAAGAGGACUGUAACUUUAAAAGAAAGGGUGAAAAGAAAGUAUCAAAUCUUAACCAAGUUCUUUAAUAUGCAAAAAAAAAAAGCGUUUUCUGUCAGAAAUGGGUAUAGAUACUUUUGCUAUAAAACAUACUGGUCAUUACUCACACACUAUACAGUGUUGAAUAAACCUGCAGUCUACUAAUGAGAUUAAAAUAUGUUAAGAUCUGACAAAUCACUUCGGAGGAUCUCGCUGCAGCUCUCCUCCUUUCCUAUUCCUGUAAGACGUGGAAACACCGCGAAUGGACUGACGCAGGAGUGCGUGUUCAUGUGCAAGAGGGAUGGAAGAUACCUCACAAGCUCGUCUGUCUCGUCUGAUGAGGUCACUCAUCUGUUUUAAAUGAUGUCAAGAGUAGGAUUUAGGCUUUAAAUGUACCAGUGGACUGCUGACGCUGACUUUGAAUAUCCACCCUUUUAUUGCAAAAAAAAAAAAUAAAUACAAAUAAAAAAUGUUUGAAAUCUUCUCAUCA